AUGAAAGGAAAGACUGUGAUUGUUACGGGAUCAAAUAGUGGCAUAGGAUAUCAUACUGCAAUAAAAUUAGCAUCGAGGGGCGCCCAAAUUAUACUUGCAUGUCGAAAUAAGGAAAAAGGAAAACAUGCACAGAUGUCCAUCAUAGCUGCUACUGGGAAUUACAAUAUUUUGGUCAAACAAUUAGAUUUGUCAAGUCUAGCAUCUAUCAAAAGAUUUGUAGAUGAUAUUCUGAUAGAAGAUUACCAUCUCGACGUUCUAGUAAAUAAUGCUGGAGUAUUUUCUGUAGAAAAUAGCUACACAGAAGAUGGUCUGGUCGAAGGCAUGCAAAUCAAUCAUUACGGACCAUUUUUGCUAACUUUGCUACUACUACCUAAAUUGAUAAGGUCGAGGUCAAGAAUCGUAUAUGUCAGUUCCUUAAUUUAUAUAUUUGGAAAACUUGAUUUGAAUACAAUCAAUAAGCCUGCUAGUAACCGAUUAAUAACUUAUGCUAACAGUAAGUUUUGCAAUUUAGUAUUUCAUCAAGAGCUGGCGCGACGUCUGAAGAAUUCUGGUGUUGUCGUAAAUUCUGUACAUCCGGGUGUAAUAAAGACAAAUCUUUUGAUUGAAGCUAAUUUUAUAUUUCGGCUAUUCUUUAAUAUUUUACACUGGUUCUCUGGAAGGUCAGCAGAAGACGGUGCAGAGACGGUAGUCCACGUGUCAGUUUCGAAAAAAUGUGAAAAUGUGACUGGAAAAUACUUCAUAGAUUGCAAAGAUUAUUAUGUUUUACCUAAGGCUAAAAAUGAAAUAUUGGCUCAGAAACUAUGGUCAAUGUCUGCCAAGUGUGUAAAAUACAAUGAAGACCUAAACGAUAUAUUAAAUUAC